CAACAAUAAUCAAUGUCCUCCUACAUUCCUCAACAGGAACCAACCAUGUCGACAGCACUCAUGCUGGCCGAUUUGGACGACUUUCUACCAAUGAAUAGACAAGAUUGCAUAAAACCCUUUCUCAUGACCAAUUCAAAGUCAGAUUCAACAACAUCUAGCAAAAACAUCACAUCGGAGAAUGGUACUGCUGCAGUCAGUGUUUCUCUUGACAAUGAUGAUUCUGUGGGAGGAGUUUCGAUAAAUAGAAAUCCCACAAGAAGAAUCGGAAGAAGCAAUAAUAGAGGAACCAUUAAUUUGAACAAUAGUCAACAAGCCGAACCAAAGAAAAUUGCAAAAAUUGAAUUGGCUGAUUGUUUGGCUUGUUCUGGUUGUGUUACUACUGCAGAAAGUGUUUUGGUAAAUCAACAAAGUGUGGAACAAUUCUUGACAAGCUUAAAGGAAAUGAAAUUAUUUUCCCCAUUUAUUGAGAAAAUUCAAGAUAAGGUGAAUGUUUCGGAUUUGGAAGAUGAUCUUGAUUCGAUCCUAUUGUCUGGAUCGAAAAGAGUUGUGAAACCACAACCAAAUUCUAUAUUUGUAAUUACAAUUUCUCAACAAAGUGCAGCCUCAUUAUCUUCCUAUUAUCAGUGCUCAUCAGUGAGAGAGUGUCUCUCUCGGUUGUCAUACCUGUUUAAGGUUAAGUUUGGAGCUGUUGCAGUUUUUGAGACUUCAACCCUUGCAAGAUUGGUUUCUCAUUUGGAAUUGUGUGAAGAUUUUCUCAAUCGAUACAAGGAAGGCAAGGGACCUGUUUUUGCUAGUGCUUGCCCUGGGUGGAUUUGUUAUGCAGAAAAAACUCAACCUGAAAUUAUUCCAUCCAUUUCAACAGUUAAAUCUCCCCAACAAAUUAUGGGUACUUUUGUCAAAAAGUUCAUAACCAGCAACAUGAAACAGUUAUCCAAUGAGAUUUCACUUGAAAAUUUGAAGGUUUACCAUACUACUGUAAUGCCUUGCUUUGAUAAGAAAUUAGAGGCUAGCAGACCAGACUUUACCAAUGAUCCUUUCGAUAAAGUUGAUAUGGUAUUGACUAGUAGCGAAAUUACAGAACUCCUUCAGAAGGAACUUCAAAUAGAAACUCCUGAAGAUUUCAUUAGAAACACAGAAAAUUUCAUCAAAAACGAAAAGUAUCAAUUGGAUAGCAUUUUUGAAAUUUUGUCUCAAUCCACACAUCAUUCCACCCAAGAUAUUAGUGAGGAUGCCACUUUACUUGAAUGGCUUGGAUCUGAAAGUGAUGCCACAGGAUCUGGUGGUUAUUGUGAGAUUGUAUUCAAAUAUGCUGCCAAGAAAUUAUUUGGAAUUGACCUCAGAGAUAAGACUCUUAUAUUUGAAAGCAAGAGAAAUAGCGACUAUAGAGAAACUGUACUAGUUGAUCCAACUGAUUCUUCAAAGAUUUUAUUGAGAUUUGUAAUUGCAAAUGGAUUUAGAAAUAUUCAAAACUUGGUAAGAAGAAUGAAACAAGCAGACAAUUCUGAACCUUUCCAUUUUGUUGAAGUUAUGGCUUGUCCUAUUGGAUGCCUGAAUGGAGGAGGUCAAGUGAAGGUCAAACAACCAAAGAUCACAUUGGAUAUCGACUCACCUUCUUCUGUAACCAUUACCCCAAAGCAGCAUUUGGCCCAAACUGAAAAGCUUUAUAGGGAUGACAUUUCUAACAUCAAAUCUCUUUGUGAAAAUAAUUCGAAUCUUGUCAAGGAAGGUUUGAAUAAUUUAUAUUACAAUUGGAUUAAGGGGUCUGUGGGUUCUGUACAAGCAAAAUCAAUCCUUCACACUCAAUAUCAUGCUGUUGAAAAGUUGAAUAUUGUUACGCCAACUGCCCUCAAAUGGUAAAAUAUACACUGUACCUGUUAACUCUAAUACAAUAUGCAACCUCGACUAACUUUUCCUUUGUAUGUGAAUGCCACACAAUGUCCAGCAUCACUGUGAUACUUGAAUGAUUCUAAAUGCCUCACUCUGAAAACAGUUUCAUUACAAACUUUACACAGGGCAGUUUCCUGAUAAUUUUCUCCAAUUAGAGUAAAAUUGAUUGGGCACUUGUACACCCAUUCACAAUUCUCAAUAAAAUCAUCAUCAACAUGUAAGAAGUUGUUUUUUGG